GGAGCGGCGGGAGGGGCAGGGAAGGCGGAAGGGUAACGGGCGGCACCACCGCCAGGGCCGCCGGGGGUGUGGAGCGUUCUCCCCCGCUCCCUGAGCUGCCGGUGGGUUGUCCCGGCCUGCUCGAUCCGUCCGUUGCCCUUGGUCUGGCCGCUGUCUGGGUCCCGGUGGCAGCGCGGAGCGCAAUCAUGGUGAAUUUUGCUCAAGCCGUGCGUGAUCACUGGGUUCACAUCCUUGUUCCUUUAGGAUUUGUGAUUGGAUGCUACUUGGACAGAGUGAAUGAUGAAAAACUGUCAGCCUUCAGAAACAAGAGUUUAUUAUAUAGAAGAGAGCUGAAGCCUGGUGAAGAAACUACAUGGAAAUAAAUAAAGGCUGCUGCCAAAAUAAAAAUACUCUCACUUGUUUCGUCAUCUUAUCUCCCAUAUUGAAAGAAUAGGAUUUUGGAUUUUAUCUUGAGAGAAUAUGUAAGGCUAUCUAUUUAGAGGACACCUGCAUUUCAUCAAUAGCAGUUUAAUUUCCAGUCUCUUUGGAAGAUGAUUUAAUGACAUAACUAAUCUGUGUCCAGGAAUUCCAUUAGUCUGUAACUUUUGACCUUGGAAGUGAUACUCUGGAGCGUGAAGAACUACAGAAUAAAGAAAAAACUAUGCAAAAUUAA